CUGAAAACUCACAAAUCUCUCAUCACCACUUCCCAAAACAACAACAACAAGUCUCAACUCCUUCUAAUCGCAAUGGAGACCACGGGAAAAGCGAAGAAGGCUUUCGGAGGAAGAAAAGCCGGUGGCCCCAAAUCAGUCUCGAAAUCGAUCAAAGCCGGUCUCCAGUUCCCUGUCGGGAGAAUCACCCGUUUCCUCAAGAAGGGACGUUACGCACAGAGGCUCGGCGGUGGCGCUCCGGUCUACAUGGCCGCCGUUCUCGAGUACCUCGCCGCCGAAGUUCUGGAGCUUGCUGGUAACGCGGCGAGAGACAACAAGAAGUCGAGGAUCAUCCCGAGGCAUCUUCUUUUGGCGAUUAGGAACGAUGAAGAGUUGGGGAAGCUUCUCAGCGGAGUCACCAUCGCUCACGGUGGUGUCUUGCCCAACAUUAACUCUGUUCUUUUGCCUAAGAAGUCUGCUAAAGCAAGCGAGGAAGCUGCUGCUGCACCCAAGUCGCCUGGCAAAUCUCCCAAGAAGGCUUAAAUCAAGCGAGCAAGACGUUAAUUUCAUUCACCUGUUUAGUUUAUGUGUUUGGUUACUUUGUCUUGAGACCAUGUAGAAAAAAAUCUAGCUUUUUAAUUUAUGUAAUUCGGAUUUGAGUUCUCUUUCAGAUCCACAACUUUUCUUUAAGGACAUUUUAUAAAAAACCUUUGCACUAAA